GGAUCACCCCCCAGGCAGAAGGUCGCGUCGGGAGGAAGUGUCGGCUUGUGGGCCGGCGUCUGUCGCUCGCUCGCUCCUGCUUCGAAGCUCCUUUCGGCCCCGCGCCGGGACGCCCCGCCGCCACGAUGCCGCGCAUCAUGAUCAAGGGGGGCGUGUGGAGGAACACGGAGGAUGAAAUUCUCAAAGCAGCGGUAAUGAAAUAUGGCAAGAACCAGUGGUCUCGAAUUGCCUCAUUGCUGCAUAGAAAAUCGGCAAAGCAGUGCAAGGCCAGAUGGUAUGAGUGGCUGGAUCCUAGCAUUAAAAAAACAGAAUGGUCCAGAGAAGAGGAGGAAAAACUCUUACACUUGGCCAAGUUGAUGCCAACUCAGUGGAGGACCAUUGCUCCAAUCAUUGGAAGAACAGCUGCUCAGUGCUUGGAACACUAUGAAUUUCUUCUGGAUAAAGCUGCCCAGAGAGACAAUGAAGAGGAAACAACAGAUGAUCCAAGAAAACUUAAACCUGGAGAAAUAGAUCCAAAUCCAGAAACAAAACCAGCACGGCCUGAUCCAAUUGACAUGGAUGAGGAUGAACUUGAGAUGCUUUCUGAAGCUAGAGCCCGCCUGGCUAAUACUCAGGGAAAGAAGGCCAAGAGGAAAGCAAGAGAGAAACAGUUGGAAGAAGCCAGGCGUCUUGCUGCUCUCCAAAAGAGGCGAGAACUUCGAGCAGCUGGCAUAGAAAUUCAGAAGAAAAGAAAAAAGAAGAGAGGAGUUGAUUAUAAUGCUGAGAUUCCAUUUGAAAAAAAGCCUGCUCUUGGUUUCUAUGAUACUUCUGAAGAAAACUACCAGGCUCUUGAUGCAGAUUUCAGAAAGUUAAGACAGCAGGAUCUUGAUGGGGAACUAAGAUCUGAAAAAGAAGGAAGAGAUAGAAAAAAAGAUAAGCAACAUUUGAAAAGGAAAAAAGAAUCUGAUUUACCAUCAGCUAUUCUUCAAACUAGUGGUGUUUCUGAGUUUACUAAAAAGAGAAGCAAGUUAGUACUUCCUGCCCCUCAGAUUUCAGAUGCAGAACUCCAGGAAGUUGUAAAAGUAGGUCAAGCAAGUGAAAUUGCACGUCAGACUGCUGAGGAAUCUGGCAUAACAAACUCUGCUUCCAGUACCCUUUUGUCUGAGUACAAUGUCACCAACAACAGCAUUGCUCUUAGAACACCACGAACUCCAGCUUCCCAGGACAGAAUUCUGCAGGAAGCGCAAAACCUCAUGGCCCUAACCAAUGUGGACACCCCAUUGAAAGGUGGACUUAACACCCCUUUGCAUGAAAGUGACUUCUCAGGUGUGACACCACAGCGGCAAGUUGUACAGACUCCAAACACGGUUCUUUCUACCCCAUUCAGAACUCCUUCUCAAGGUUCUGAAGGGCUUACUCCUCGCAGUGGAACAACUCCCAAACCAGUUAUUAACUCCACCCCUGGAAGAACUCCUCUUAGAGACAAGUUAAACAUUAAUCCUGAGGAUGGAAUGGCAGACUACAGUGAUCCCUCUUACGUGAAGCAGAUGGAAAGAGAGUCUCGUGAACACCUGCGUUUGGGCUUGAUGGGCCUUCCUGCUCCUAAGAAUGACUUUGAAAUUGUUCUGCCAGAAAAUGCCGAGAAGGAGCUGGAAGAGCGUGAAAUAGAUGAUACUUACAUUGAAGAUGCUGCUGACGUGGAUGCACGAAAGCAGGCCAUAAGAGAAGCUGAGCGUGUAAAGGAAAUGAAAAGAAUGCACAAAGCUGUCCAGAAAGAUCUGCCAAGACCUUCAGAAGUAAAUGAAACUAUUUUAAGACCCUUAAAUGUGGAACCACCUCUAACAGAUUUACAGAAGAGUGAAGAACUAAUCAAAAAGGAAAUGAUCACAAUGCUUCAUUAUGAUCUUCUACAUCACCCUUAUGAACCAUCUGGAAAUAAAAAAGGAAAAACAGUAGGAUUUGGUACCAAUAAUUCAGAGCACAUUGCCUAUCUGGAACAUAACCCUUAUGAAAAGUUCUCUAAAGAAGAGCUGAAAAAGGCCCAGGACAUUCUGGUACAGGAGAUGGAAGUGGUAAAGCAAGGAAUGAGCCAUGGAGAACUCUCAAGUGAAGCUUACAACCAGGUGUGGGAAGAAUGCUACAGUCAAGUGUUGUAUCUUCCUGGGCAGAGCCGCUACACUCGAGCCAAUCUAGCUAGCAAAAAGGACAGAAUUGAGUCUCUUGAGAAGAGACUUGAGAUAAAUAGGGGUCAUAUGACAACAGAAGCCAAAAGAGCUGCAAAGAUGGAAAAGAAGAUGAAAAUCUUGCUUGGGGGUUACCAGUCUCGUGCCAUGGGGCUCAUGAAACAGCUAAAUGACUUAUGGGACCAAAUUGAGCAGGCCUACUUGGAGUUACGCACUUUUGAAGAACUCAAGAAACAUGAAGAUUCUGCUAUCCCCCGGAGGCUAGAGUGUCUGAAAGAAGAUGUUCAGAGACAGCAGGACAGAGAAAAGGAGCUUCAACAUAGAUAUGCUGAUUUGCUGGUGGAAAAGGAGUCUUUGAAGUCCAAAUUCUGAAGCAUAAUUUAUACCCAGUCCCAAGAUUGCUGUUUUUCAUACUCUGGGAGGUUGAAACUGAUGCUUUUCUUCAUUGACAAAUUUGCCUCACUCACUGGUUUUUGGUUGUUUAUCUUAAAAGAUAGAGAUCUUACACAGUCUUUAUGUAUGAAACCUUUAACUCCACAGAACAUCUUAGGAUUUAAAUUAUUAAGACUAUGUUUUUUACCCCUAGAUUUGGUCUUUAAUUUUAAAAGCCUGAUUUUAAAGUGUGCCUGUGAGUAAACUUAAAUAAAAGCAAAAUAUAAAAAUUUGAGAAUGUAGCCUUUUUGUUUUGUUGUAAUUAGAUGCUUAGAAUACACACAGUUAAGGAAAUAUACUUUUUUUUUGAAUUUUUUAUUAGUGAAUCAUCGUGAGGUACAGUUACAAACUUACGAACUUUCGUGUUUGCAUUUCAGUCAUAUAGUGAUAGUUUACCCAUCCCUCCACCAGUGCCCAUUCUCCUCCACCACUGUUCCCAGUAUCCCUCCCAUCACCCCCACCCCACCCCCCACCACCCCACCCUGCCUCUGCAGGGCAAUCCCUCAGCAAAUAUACUCUUGUAUCAUAUUUAAUGAGAAACUGUGAUACUCCAAAUGAUGAUCCAGUAUCUUGAAUCUUUUAAGAUCAGAUCAGUCCAUUGUGACUUCACUGGUUUGAUUGCCUCAGCAUGAAACGGUCAUUUCUCUUAUAUAGGGAUAGGAUAUCACUUUUUAAUACCUCAGGGCUUUUGUUUUCAAUAUAAUUUCAGUGGAGGUCUUGUGUUUAGCUUAGCUAUGUAAGUUCUAAUCUAAAACUGACUCAAGAUUUAAACUCAAAAAGAUUUGAGCUGUUAAUUUUAUUUUUGCGGGGAUGGGGGUGCUUGUGUGGGGGGUUUUGUUGGAUCACACCUGGCCACUCAGGGUUAAUUCCUGGUGGACUUGGGUGCCAGGGAUGUAGUCCAGUUGCCUGUGUGCAAGGCCGGCAGCUUACCUGCUGUCCUAUCAUUACGGCUCCCUUUUGUCUUCUAGUAAACAUUUUUAUUUUUUUUUUUUGAUAAAGAUGUUUUGGAUUUGGUGUUGUUUCUGGGCUGCUUACAACUGUGUACUUGGAAUUGUUCCUGUUGGUGCUUGGGGGACUAUGCAGCGCUGAGGCUUAAACCUGCAGACCUUGUAUAUAGGAUAUAUGCUUCAGGCCUUGGAGCUAUUUCCUGGACUGUGACAAAAAGAUCCUGGGACCCCAUAUGUUCCAUGUCUACUCCUAGGAAUAAACCCUGAACACAGAGCAGGGUUUGCACUGAACAUGGCCAAAAGCCAAAACCCAAUCAAAAAAAGGCAUCUUGAAGAUUAGUUUUUAGCCUACCAAACUUCAUCCUCAAGUUCUGCAUGUAUUUUCACAGAACAGUCACACAAGUAUAGAGUUUGGAGAAUGAAUUUAAGUGGGAAGAUUAAAUGCUUAACAAUUCUAUAUGAAAUUAUUUGGGUACUGAUUAAGUUUAGAAUAGGCCAGCAGUGUGUUGAACUCAUCAAAAAAGUUUGCCAAUUACAGAAUACUAGGUACUAAAGUGAGAGUGGGAUUCACCCAUUGAUUCAUUCCAUACUUAAUAACUGCAAUACUCUGUCAAGAAUUCUGGAGAAAACAAUAAAAUAGACCUGUCUCUCGUUUUGUGGAAUUUAAAACCUAUUGAGAAUGACACAAUUAACAACUUUACGUUUACCGAGUAGUUCUUACAUGUUAGGCACAUUUGUUUAAAUGAAUAAUUGCUAAAAGUUCUUGUUCUCAUAAAGUGACACUAGGGAGAACAUAUAUAAACAUAGGGAAAAGUAUCAGAUCAUCAAGUUUAGGUUCAGUGAGUUGAGUGUGGGUGAUAGUGACUGGGUUGCCACUGAGGUUGGUUGACCAAAAAGGCUCUGAGGAGGUAGUUAAGAUGAGAUGUGAUUAAUAUCUUCGAGAAACCAUCCUGGUUAUUAGAAGCCAUACUAGAAGAUCUCAAAGGAAGCUCAACCUAGUUAGAACGAACCAGCACAUUCUUUGGUGUGCUAGGUGGGCAGAAAGGAAGACAAUGACAUUAGUGUAAAGAAUGACAUUUGGGGGCUGGAGAGUACAGUGGGAUAAGGCGUUUGCCUGGCAUGCUAUGUUCCCCAGCACUACAUAUGGUCCUUCAGUACUACUAGGGAUCAUCUUUGAGCACAGAACCAAGAGUAAGUUCUGGGCAGCUGUUUGUGGUCCCAAAACAAAGAUACUGAAUAAAGUUUAGCUGUGUAGAGUCAUAUCUUUAAGGCCAUGAUAAAGAAUUUGAGAUUGUGCUGUGAAGCUAAGAGUAUUAUAAAUAAAUGCCAUCAGAUUUGUUUUAGAAUAUAUUGUAUAUCAUUCCAGGAUGGAGAUUGGGAAAUUGGUUCAUAUAACAAACAGAUGAAGGCAGUGGUAAUGACUCAUUAGGAUAAGAUACAAACUUGAUGGGGACACAUGGGAAAACAAGAACAGUAGUAAUGUUGUAUUCUGAUUGUCCAUGUAUUUAUGUUUUCCUGGUGUUUAGUUACUUGAUUUUUUUUUCCUUCUCCAAAAGGAGUUUUAAGGUGAUACUCUGAUUUUAUCUGUAGACCUUGAGUUGAACGUUGUGUCUUCUAAUAGUUAAAUUUCCAUUGCAUGUUUUAUUGACAAAAUGUUUAGAACAAUGUUAAAUAGCAGAGGUGAUUUUGGUUUUGAUUUUUAGAAUGUGUGAGAAUAAUGCUUAGGUUGCUGCUUUGAGUUACUCUUGUAGAAAAAAUAUGCCUCUAUUUUUAGUUUAUAAAAAGUUUGAAUUAGAAAUGGCUCUGUGUUUGCUGUUUGUAUUGUGUAUUUGUCAAAUACACUUUAUAACUUUAAAAUUAUUUUUAUAAAGUUGUUCAUGAUGAUUUGUUAUAAUUAAAUAUUCAAACACCAGUCCCACUGCCU